GCGGGGUCGCCCUCGAACGCGGGUUCCCCAGGGGGGGACAUCGGCCUCUCUCAACUCCUCAACGUCCCGGACUUCGCGUCCGAAACCCCUCACGCGGGCGGGGAGGACACGGCCAUGGAAUUCAACCCCGACGAGACCAAGGACGAUACGAACGCGUCCUGA